AAUCAACUGAGAUGAUGAUUACUUAGGAUCUGAAUAAACUAUAUAUUUAAUUAGAUAAUCAAAGACAAUUAAUUGAAAAAAAGGUGAAUUGAUAGGAUAAGGUUUAUUUUGUAGAGUCUUCAAAUGUAUUGAUAUCAAUUUUGGUAGAAUCAUAACUGUAAAACAAUUUGACUUAUGCUUCGUAGACAAUUAAAGUUUGGAGUCAUUUCUUUAACAAAUUUAUGCAUGAGAGCAUAUUUAAAUAUUAUGAUUGUUAAGAAGAUUAUUAGACUUCGCUUUCUCUUUGAAUUUCUUGGAGGCAAUUAUGUUCUCUAUUCUAUACCAAAUAUUAUGUAAAUUUGCAGAUUUUUAUUGAAGUAUCAUAGGACAAAAUGCAUAUAAUCUUAAGGGAACUCCUAAUUGGAAGGCUGCCGAGGUAAUUAAAUAAUUUGAGACUGGCAGAUAAUGAAAUAUUAGAAAUUUACGAUGUAAUGUUAUUUGUAUUAUUUUAAUUAGAGAUUAUAAAAUUGUAAUCUUAUUUAACUGAAAAAUCAUUGAAAUGUUAUUUUCUCUAAUGAUGUUCGCCUCCAAUUGCUAUUAAUA